UGAGCGUCUCAAUGUAUCAGAUUAGAAGGCCACACGACACACCAGCCACAUAUACACUGUAUAUUUAUAAUUUAUAAACUUUUCCAGUGGUUUACUAUUCCUAUCCAAGAGAAUCUACCAGUUCAGUGAACGCAACAGCAACAGUCUCAUCACAAGUACAACAACUACCACGACUACAACACCGUUUUUGAGCAGUGGAGAUAGCCAAGUAGUUUUGGCAACUUUUACAAAUACAAAUCUCUGAUUAUGUUGAUGAAUGAUUGGGCUUUUUUUUCGUUUUUAAAAGGAAAGACGCCGCCGCCCCCGCUGCAGUUCUCUGCGCUCGACAGGUCAGGUCUGAGACAGUUGUUGAGGGCGCUCUGUUUGACUGAGAUGGGAAAUGCUGUACAACUUUCCCUCGGGCAGACAACAUUAUCUCUGUAAGGACAACAUUUGACAACAAUGGCGUCUGUUAUGGAGGAUCCUACACUGGAGAGACACUUCAAGGGCCACAAAGAUGCUGUCACAUGUGCAGACUUCAGUCCAAAUCGCAAACAUCUGGCCUCAGGUUCUGCAGAUAAGAGUCUGAUGAUAUGGAAUCUGGCUCCUAAGGCAAGGGCAUACCGCUUUAUUGGCCACCAAGAUGUCAUCACUGGGGUCCAUUUCUCUCCAUCUGGUAACUUGGUGGCAACGUCAUCCAAGGACAGAACGGUCCGACUGUGGAAACCUUCCAUAAAAGGAGAUUCAACUGUUUUCAAAGCUCACACUGCCACUGUACGCAGUGUUGCUUUCUCCAAUGACGGUCAGAGACUGGUGACGGCGUCUGAUGACAAGUCGGUCAAAGUAUGGAGCGUUCGUCGACAGUGCUUUCUCUAUUCGCUGAAUCAGCACACGAACUGGGUGCGCUGUGCCAGGUUCUCUUCAGAUGGGCGCCUCAUCACUUCCUGUGGGGACGACCGUUCUGUCCGGCUCUGGGACACUUCCACCAAACACUGCAUCAACUGUUUCACCGACUAUGGCGGAUCAGCAACGUGGGUUGACUUCAACUCCAGCGGCACCUGCAUUGCAUCUUCAGGAGAUGACCGUUCAUUGAAAAUUUGGGAUUUACGGACCAACAAGCUGAUUCAACAUUAUCAGGUCCACAGUGCAGAAAUCAAUAGCUUUUCCUUCCAUCCAUCGGACAACUACCUGAUCAGUGGUUCCAGUGACGGCACUGUGAAGAUCCUGGACCUGCUGGAAGGACGUCUCAUCUACACCCUACAUGGACACAAGGGUGCUGUGAUGACGGUUACAUUUUCCAGAACUGGAGAACUCUUUGCCUCGGGGGGAGCUGACCGUGAGGUUGGUGUUUGAUUGAUUCAAUAAUGACCCUGUUUCCUCCAUCAAUAGCUUAUAACUUCACAGGUAUCCUUUUGUUUCCUGAAGUAGAACAUGUAAGGAACUUUGGUCCCUUGUUUUGUUAGGUGCUGUUGUGGAGGACAAACUUUGACACCAAGUCCUACCAAGAUGUCCUACAACAACACAGCCGCAGGUCCACCCCUGAUCCUCCACCCCACCUGUCUGACAUCCACCCGAGGGUACCUCACCUUCAUCACCCACAGUCAGCAACUAUUCAGAUCAAUCCAGCUGUGACAGACACUCAGUCGGCUAACCCACGUGUCGUAGAGCUGGGCAAAACCUUUCACAGCACCACGCUCCUAAAUGAUCGGACACACUUAAUGCCCACGCAAACUGCUGCCAACAGUCACCACUCCAACGGUUUGCAUGCGUGUCAUGUUGCCAAGUUAAGAGUGGAAGACGGGAACGGUGACAGAAGAGCCCAUAGGGCUGGUUUGGCCGCCGGGAGCCAGAGAGUGGCUGACAGGGGUGAAAGGGGAAGAAGAGAGGAAGAUGAAGAGAAGAGAAAGGAGACAAACCCAUCCGAAGACCUCUUUGGUCAUCAGUUGAGGCUGGACUCUAUUCUGGGCCACAUUGUUCAACAGCUGGAUGUUCUUACACAGACGGUGUCCGUGCUGGAGGAACGUCUCUCCCUGACUGAGGACAAGCUGAAAGAGUGUCUCCUCCACCAGUCCCAGAUUCUGAGGGACGUGCAAGCAUCAGGCGAGAGGCAGAGGAUGGAGAGCCAAGAGACGGAUGGAUCACCUGUCCAGUUCACUUCUGGUCGACCUCGCUCUCUCUCAGACUACAGCACAAACACGGACUGAACAGCACGGGUGUGUGUGUGGGUUUCCAUCACAUGUUACCUUUGGGGACAGUAUUCCGUCAACAGACCAAUUGAUUUGUUGACAACUUAUUCAGUCUGGUGGGAAAGUCAUGUCCUCACUUGACUGUUGUGUUGUGUGACUGUUGAUUUCACUCUUUAAGGUCAAGUUUUGGCCAGGGUUUGGAUAAUUCUUCAGGAAAUGAAUGCAAGUCUAUGAAAGUGAUCUGUGUGUGUGUGUGUGUGUGUGUGUGUGUGAGCGAGAGAGAGAGAUAACAUAUUUUCUCGAUGUCUUUCCUCACUUCUUAAGAGCAUCCAGCUGUACAGCCAAGCAGACAUUCCUAGUGUGUGUGUUGAUAUGGAUGUUACGUCCAAUCUGGACAGCUGCAGCUAUGAAAACAGACAGUGCUUGUCUGCUGUGUGACCUAUGUUUUUGUGUGUGUAUAUCUAUGUAUCUGUGUGUUUGCACAUAUUUUAGCAGUAGCUUGCUUUGCAGGGAAAUUUUUUCCUUCCAUUCUCUUUGCAUCACUGUGAUUUUAAACCCAAAUUGUGCACCUACACCUCGUGUAAAUGUUAUUUAUGUGAAUAAAUGUCAUAUUUGAUUGCUCUUGUA